AUGAUUCCGGUUAUCCUAAUGAAUAUUCAUAUUAAUCGAAUUAAUAAUGGUGUGCAUUUCAAUGGUACUGUUAACUGGUUGGCUCUUCCCAAUUACAUUCAACCGGCUUAUGAAUAUGGUUGGAAGUCUAUUGCUAAUGCUCAGCAAUUUGUGAUUGUUUCACUUGAUCUUUCGACGGAGACAUACACAUGGAUUUUGCUACCUCGUGGUUUUGGCGAGGUGCCACGUUUUCAGCCAGCACUUCAUGUUCUUAUGGACUGUCUUUGCUUUUCGCAUGAUUUCAAGGGAACCGAAUCUGUUAUAUGGAAAAUGAAGGAUUUUGGAGUACAAGAGUCUUGGACUCAACUGUUUAGAAUUGAGUACUUGAAAAUCUAUCAUGACUUGAAUUUCUACAAAGGCAGUGAAUUUGGUACUCCAUUGUUGCCAUUGCACCUUUCUAAGAAUGGAGAUACAUUCAUAUUGGCAAAUUAUAAAGAUGACCGAGCAAUUAUCUAUAAUCAGAGAGAUAAUGGAGUAGAGAGAAUUAGAAUUUCUAACAAAUUGUGUUGGUUUUCUACCAUUAAUUAUGUUGAAAGCUUGAUCUCAACUCGUUGGAUAUAUGCAUCUUCGACUCCAAACACUCACUCUAUACAUGAAAGGUAG